CUGAAUAAUCUAACAACACUAAACUAAUACUUUUCUUACAAAAAACGAAUGGCGGGCAAAGGCAAAAAGAAGAAAGCUAAAAACGGUGCCAAAAAUGGUGAAGCAAACAAGAAAAAAGGUGGCGGUAAACCGAAAAAGGCAGGAGGUGGACGAAAGUCGCGCUCUAAAAGUGCCAGAUGCAACGUGGAUAUUUUUACGGAGGUGGCUAUGGAGAAUGCUUACACUACUUGCCACAACGUUCAGGAUUUGUUGCGAUGGAGAGGAUUUCCGUGGCCUGAUGCACAGAAGAAGAAGAAGAAGGGCAAGAAGUAAAAUCUUUAAUCAGUUUAUUUUUGUGUGUUUAUUUAAGUGGUAGUUUUGCACAAUAAAACA